AUGACCAUUCGGGAACGGAAACAUCGAUGGGUUCGACGUGCUCGUAUACUGAUGGCAAUCGAGUUGGCACUUUCAGUUAUUUUUGAUUUAACAAUGAUCGGAGCAGUUAAAAAAGGGCAGAUGUUGAAUUGUUUGCUGAUUGUAGUGAUUACGAUUAAUCUCAUGACUGGGGCAAGGCUCUUCCUGAAGCUGAGAGGCAUCAAAUGUGCAAGUUCAAUAAUGGCUUAUGUACUUUGGAAAAUUGUACAAGAAGUGGUUAUGGUGCCGGCGUUGGUAGUUUUCAGUUUCAUCUGUGUUGAUAAAUAUCUUCGAAGUUGGACGAAUGCAAACCGCGGAGUUCAAAUAUUACUUAUUGUAUGGACGUAUGCAAUAUAUUCUCUAUUUUUAAUAAUAUUUUUGGGAUGGCUUGCACGUUUUCUAUGGCAACUUCAAGUCAGUAACUCGUCGAACGACAAAAAUGAAAAUGGUACAACUAUAUCGUUUAUAGAUGGAUUCCAUUCUGAAGCUGAUCAUCAAGAGCUUCUAUUAGAUACUGUAACAACAACUUCUGCAGUGAGCAAUGAGGCGUUAGAGCUCAGAGAAUUACCUCGAGAAUCUAACAGUCAUCGACCAUUUGUCCCAUACGAUCAUGUUGUCCCUUAUAUAUCAAAUUAGAAUCUCAACGAAGCCCUAAGAAACGAGAAAAUUACGGGUUGAUUUAUUAUGAUGCUUCAUCAAAAUCAAGCUUGUUGAGCUUUGUGUGUAAAUGAAUAAACAUUUUACAUUUUCUUUACA